AUGGACGUCUCAGAGGCUGCUGAUGACCCAGGUGUGCCUCCACCUUGUCCACUGAGGGGGGAGUGGGGCGGGCACUGCUGGCUGGAAUACUCUGACCCAGGAUCCGUCCAGCCUCCCAUAGAUGAGCACACAGUCAUGAGAGGCAGCACCCAUCUGCAAACUGAGCAUGCUCCAGUCAAAAGGGCCAAACUAACAGACAACCAUGUCCUGAACAGAGUACUGAUGACCCAUAAAGCCAGCAUGAAGAGGAGGUUUGAGAGCAUAUGUGAAGGCAUCAUAAGAUCAGGGACUCAAACACUCCUAAACAAGAUCUACACAGAGCUUUACAUCACAGAAGGAGAGAGUGAAGGGGUGAAUAACGAGCAUGAAGUUUGGCAGGUAGAGUCAGCAUCCAGGCCACAAACCAAAGAAGACACAGCAAUACACUGUAAUGAUAUCUUCAAGCCCUUACCUGGACAAGAGAGACACAUCAGAACGGUCAUGACCAAGGGGAUUGCUGGCAUUGGGAAAACUGUCUCAGUGCAGAAGUUCAUCCUUGACUGGGCAGAGGACAGAGCUAACCAGGAUGUAGAUUUCAUGUUUGUGCUUCCGUUCCGUGAGCUGAAUUUGGUCAAACAUGAUCAAUACAGCCUUCACAGGCUCCUGCUUGACUUCCACCCUGAGCUUAGAGAGCUACAAGAUGGUGAAUACAAGGAUUGCCACAUUGUGUUUAUCUUUGAUGGUCUGGAUGAGAGUAGACUUCCACUGAAGUUCCAAGAGAACCUAAAGUUAUCUGAUGUGACACAAACAUCAUCAGUGGAUGUGCUGAUGAUGAGCCUCAUUCAGGGAACUCUGCUUCCCUCUGCUCUCAUUUGGAUAACUUCUCGACCAGCAGCAACCAGUCAAGUCCCUUCUCAGUGCAUCAGUCAGGUAACGGAAGUACGAGGAUUCAAUGACCCACAAAAGGAGGAGUACUUCAGGAAGAGAGUCAGUGACCAGAAUCAAGCCAACAGAAUCAUCUCACACAUCACAGCAACCAGGAGCCUUCACAUCAUGUGCCACAUGCCAGUCUUCUGUUGGAUCUCAGCCACUGUCCUUCAGAAAAUACUGGAACAGGAUGAUGGGAAGGAAGCCCCCAAAACUCUGACUGAGAUGUUCAUACACUUCCUGCUCAUCCAGACCACCAGGAAGAACCAGAAGUAUCAAGAGGAAAGUGAGACAGAUAGACAGAGCCUCCUAGAAUCACAUAAGGGUGUCAUAUUGAAACUAGCAGAGCUGGCAUCCAAGAAUCUGGAGAAUGGCAAUCUCAUGUUCUAUGAGGAAGACUUGAGAGAGUGUGGCAUUGAUGUCAGUGAAGCUUCGGUGUACUCUGGCAUGUGCACUGAGAUCUUCAGGGAGGAAUGUGUGUUUCACCACAAGAGAGUGUACUGCUUUGUCCAUCUGAGCAUCCAGGAGUUUCUUGGUGCACUUCAUUUGUUUGACUCCUACUUGAAUAAAAACAUGAAGGUCCUGGAGCCAUUUCUUAGCAGAAAGUCAAAAUCUUUACCAGAUGUGCCUCUCGAUGAGUUGCUGAAGGAUGCUGUGAACAAAGCCUUGGAAAGCAAGAAUGGGCACCUUGAUUUGUUUGUCCGCUUCCUUCAUGGCAUUUCUCUGGUGUCAAAUCAGAAACUUUUGCUUGGCCUCCUGACACACACACACAGCAACCCAGAGAGUGUGAAGAAAACAAUCAAGAACCUGAAGGUGAUGCAGAGACAAAAUAUCUCCCCCGAGAGGUGCAUCAAUCUGUUCCACUGCCUGGUGGAAAUGCAUGACUCCUCUGUCCAUGAUGAAAUCCAGGCUUUCCUGAAGGCAGAGAAAGGUGCCGUGAAGCAGCUCUCACUGGCUCACUGCUCAGCCUUGGCUCACAUGCUUCUGAUGUCUGAUGAGGUGCUGGAUGAGUUUCACCUGAAGAAAUACAAAACUUCAGACGAGGGACGGAGGAGACUGGUGCCAGCUGUGAGAUGCUGCAGAAAGGCACUACUUGCUGGCUGUAAGCUAACAGAAAAGUCCUGGGAGAUCGUGACCUCAACUAUGCAGUCUGCAAACUCCCCCUUAAGAGAGCUGGACCUGAGUCAGAAUGACCUGCAGGCAUCAGGAGAAAAGCUGCUCUCUGCUCUACAGAGUCCAAACUGCAAAGUGGAGACUCUGAGACUUGUUGGCUGUAAACUGAGGGGAGGAUUUCUGGCCUUGGCUCUUCAGUGGGCAAACUACCACCUACGAGAGCUGGACAUCAGUGAGAGUGAGAUUCAGGACUGUGAAGGAGAACUGCUUCAUCAACCAGUGACUGGAGACUGUAAAACUCAUCAGCUGUAG